UGGACCUCGAAAGCGUGUGCUCGCUAUGUGUCGCAUUGCUCAACUUCCUGACUGGACUUGUCUCGCUUGAAGGGGAAGCUGCCCGCCGCACUUGGGCCGCCAGCCUCAAGCCGGAGGCAGAGGCACUCAUGGCGGUCGCAUACGGAGCCGCCAUCCCGCCCGGACUCUUUAACCUCCAGUACCCGCCUCCCCUAUUCCCCAAGCCCGGGAAGGACAACGCCCGUCUCCAGAAACUCCUGAAGCGGAACACCAAAAAGAAGACAUCCCCGCAGGCGUUGCAGUCGGCCGCCCCUUUCCGAUCCAGCCUCUCCCCCGUCAACGAAGCCAGCCCCGACCUCGAGCGCAGCGACCGCUCCACACCGCCCAAGACUCCUGAGGUGCCGUACGCCUUCUACGCCGCCCAACGCUCGUCCCGGUUCGCCGCCCGGCCGCUUUAUCAGCAUGUGGCGUCGCCGUACCCGCAGCGAGCGGCCUUUUCUCGAGCGGGCAGGUUCUCGCCUCAGCCGCUCGCCUUCCCGUCAUACCCGCAACAUGGCAGCGUUGCGGCAUCUCUGUACUCAAGUUUGCCGCAACUGUCUCCAGCGCCACCCGCUCCGAUGGUCCCCGUCCAGCCGAUGCCCUCUGUAAUCGCUCAGCAACCUCCUUCCUCUGUGCCUCGCCUGAGGACGCCGCCUCCUGAAGUGAAAACCCCAGAUGUGAGUCCUUUUCCAGAAACUCCCAGACCAGCUGCAGCCCCACCAACCAAGCCAAAACCAGCGAGACCCAAUCUGACCUCCUGCCCAGUACCGGGAGCUCAAGCUUUGACUCGGCCUCUCACUGUGCUGACUCAGUUCGUCAAGCCAAAAAGUCCUCGUCCAACGUUCAAAGCAACCGAAGCCUCGAAAUCUCCAAAGUCCAUGUUCGAGGUUCCUCAAAUACGCUUAUACACAGCGAGCACAUCCUACUACGAGACGUCCAGGACGCCGCCCGUGUAUGACACAGUUGCCCUAACCGCCAUCGGCAGCAUCGUCAACACUGAAAGCAACCAAGGAGCGAGCCUGGCAUUUGAGGCCAGGAGUGUUAUGACCCCAAAUACUUUAGUAUCCUCGGAACCACAAUCAAAAACACCAACUGCAGACGCGAGAAGAGAAACAGCAAAAGUCAAAAUAAACGCAGCAGUAGCUCCAAUCAUCGAGCUCAGGAGAGCCACACCCACAUCUGAAAUGAGAGUCAAAACACCAACCCAGGAAAUGCUAUCGCCAAGGUGCCUCACGGGGCGUCCGAGAACCCCGACAAAGCGUGCCGCAACGCCCGUGUUUGAGAUCUCCAAACCUAACCCUCUCUUGUUUGCGGUGUCACCAGUGAUGAUGGAGCCAGAGAGGUCGAGAACCCCUAAAAUGAGAGCCAAGACUCCUGAGAUCAAUGUGCAUCUGACGGUUCUGAACGGGGACGUACAGGCGAGUCUCCCACAGACGAUUACAAAGUCUAAAUCAGAAUCCGAUCUCACCAGAAGAACUCCGACAGCUGAGCUAACACCUGCAGUGACAUGUUUUGGAUAUCAGAGGCCUAAAACUCCAACCUACGAGGCAUCCCGGCUGCUCAGUUCAUCUCCAGCUUUUAAAAGACCGAGAACUCCCACGUAUGGGACGUCCCCCCAUGGUGGACCCGCCCCAGUCUUCCAGAGGCCAAAGACGCCAACUCUCGUGGGGCCCAAAUCUAAGUCUGUCUACCGUGGACUGACACCUGUAGAGUAUGCCGCUUACGGUGGAAUCAGAACGCACAAGCCGGCCUUUGCGAUUACCGGAGCUCUGGUGAUCACUCAUGAGGAGGCCGCAUCUACCCAAAGUAAAACAGCAACGCGAGAACUGAUAGCCUUGGAAGUCAAAGAAAGCCCCAAAACUGAGGAGAGGGUCUCUGCUGCCCCAGCAAUUCCCAUGAUUGUUGUUUCCAAGACACCCGAAACCUCAACAGUGACACCGAAAACGGUACCAAAGGUGGUUCCUCCACCGCUACCAGAGAAGAAACAACAGAUCCAAGAAACACCAAACAUCAAAUCUCCAACCUCAGAGGAGAGAACUCCCGUCCACCAGAAGACAGACUUUCCAAAACCUCCUGUGGCCCAACAAGCUCCUCCUGUUCCUGACAAAGAUCCUCUAAUGGCAGUCAGAAAGCUUCUUGGCAAAGAGAAAGCCCUGCCCUCCAAAUACCAAGGUCAGGCAAAGCUUGAGGAGUCACUGAAAGUCACUGAGGUAGAGAAGGUAAUAGCAAGAUCCACCCAAAGUCAGGACAAAGUCAACAAAACUGGAACAUCUGCAACAGCUGAGAAGAAAGAUGACGAGUCGCCCAAAACUUUCCAGAAGUCGAAGGCAUUGAAAUCCAAAAUGAGCGGCUGGUCCAGACUGAAGAAGCACAUGGUGGUGGAGCAGGAGGAGCCUUCGUUUCCACAGACAGAGGCAGCGGACCAGGGCCCGGACCAAAGCGAGGGGGUCCACACCGCCGGUUCCGCACCCCCUAAAGCCAGCAAAAUGUGGGACGCCGUCCUCUUCCAGAUGUUCUCCAGCAAGGAGAACAUCAUGCACCAGAUUGAGCUGAAGAAGGAAGAGCUACAGAUGGGGGAGGAGAAGAAAGACGAGGACGAGGCCAGGGAUGAGGCCAAGGACAUCCCGUCCUUUGCAUACCGGCUGCCCAUCUUGCUCUUUAGCCCCAAGUUUGACGCCAAGAAGCUGAGGGAGGCGGCCUCCAGGCCCCUCACCAAGUUCUCCACCGUCUUCGAGAUGGGUCUGAUCGGACGCAAGGCCAAAGACGACGAACCAAAAGACUUUAACAGAACCGCCAAAGGUUUCAGCUCUUCUUAAGAGGCCAGGAAGGCUCUUGGAUAUUUCAGGAUAGCUUAAGUAAAGAAAAGUGUGCAUGAGUGGACUCUCCUUUGUAAUCACCAGGCCUGAACAAGUUGCGCUCGGUUUUGGUAAUGCUUGUUUGGAAUUUACGUGAGCGUCUCGUUUGUCUGAUGAUUAAAAGCCUUGAUGUUUCAACUCAUUAACAAGCCUCUGAUUUGUUCCAAAUGUUCCUUUGGUGGUCUUUGACAUUCACCAUGGUGCUACUGGCUUGUCCUGAAGUUUGAUGCUUUUAUUUAGAUUGUGUCAUGAAUGACAACACUAGUAGUAACAUUUACACUGUUUUUUUUUACUUUGUUGUGUUCUAGAAGAGACUGAAUUGAACCUAGAAUGAGAAGGUUUUUGUCAACAGAAUGUCAAGAAACUUUAAAGG